AUGGCAUUGUUCGAUUCAUGCAAGGUCGAACAUAUUCCCCGCAGCAAAAACAAGAAGGCCGAUGCAUUGAGCAAAUUAGCGUCCGUGUCAUUCAGUCAUCUUGCUAAGGAGGUACGGGUAGAAGUGUUGGCCACACCUUCAAUCGCCACUCCACAAGUCAUGCAAGUGGAAGCUCCGUCACAAACAUGGAUGACGUCAAUAAUUAACUACUUGGUGCAUGAUGUUUUGCCAAUUGAUAAAGUAGAGGCUAGAAAAAUCCAGAUCAACUCGCUUCAAUAUCAAAUGCAGGAAGGGGGUUUGUAUCGAAAGACCUUCCUCGGGCCUCUGUUAAAAUGCCUUGAUCCAGAACAGGCCAGCUAUAUCAUUAGAGAAAUACACUACGGCAUUUGUGGAUUCCAUGCCGGGCCAAAAAUGAUUGUAACAAAGGUAAAAAAUGCAGGGUAUUACUGGCCCAGGAUGCACGAGAGUGCAGUUAAAGAACUCCAACAAUGUGAUGAAUGCCAGAAGCAAGCACCAAUAAGCCUCCGAGCGAAGAACGAGAUGAUCCCAAUCGUGUGCCGCUUUGGUCUUCCGCUCUACAUAGUGAGCGAUAAUGCAAAACAAUUCGCGGAGAAUCCAUUCAAGCGCUGGUGCGAAAGUUUGAAGAUUAACCAAGUCUUCUCCUCGGUUGCUCAUCCCCAAGGGAACGGGCAGGUCGAGCAGAUAAACCGACGGAUCGUAGAUGGAAUAAAAAGAAGACUUGGCUACGAAGGCAAAGGGUGGGCAGAUGAAUUGCCGAACGCCGUGAUCCCCGCAGAAAUCGGGCUCCCUAAUCAAAGGUGUAAAAACUGGGAAGAAAACGAACAGGAGCUCCGGUCGAAUCUCGAUCUAUUGGAAGAACGUCGAAACGUGGCCGCAAUUAAAGAAGCACGUUACAAAAAGAAGAUCGAGAAAUACUACAACGCUCGUGCCAAACUUUACAAGUUUAAAGUUGGAGGCUUUGUGCUCCGAAGCAACGAUGCAAGCCGCGUCGAAGCUCCUGGGAAGUUAACCCCAAAAUGGGAGGGACCGUAUCGCAUAAAGGAAGCAAGUACCAAAGGUUCCUACGUGCUCGAGAAAAUCGACGGAACUCCCGUUCCUAGAACAUGGAAUGAGGUCCAUCUAAAGAAGUGUUUCAUGUAA